UAGUCCUUUGAUUCUUAGAGUUGAAUCUUUAUUCAAGAACUUAAAUUCUAUUUUUAUUCCAAAGUAUUAUAGGAAACCAUUUUCAAACCAGUAUCCACGUUUCAACUUAACUUAAAUUGUAAUUGUUCAAUGAUAAUUCUGGAAUAUAUAAGAGUACCCGAUUGCUCGAAAUGAAAAAGGUUUUACUGUUAUAAUCAAUCAAUAAAACUAUUAAAUCCAAGAAAUGAAAUUCUCUACUUUAUCUAUCUUAACUUUUGUUGCUGCUGCUGUUGCUGACCUUAAAUUCGACGCUACGGUUUAUGCCCCAGAUACUACUUUAGAUGGUGUUGCUAUUAAGAAAGUAGAUUCCCAUCUUUUUGUUUUCUCGGUUGGUGGUGACGAAGGUGUUGACUUGUCUUUAACUUUUAAAGAUUCUGCUUUAGAAGAUCAAGAUGGAACUGGUGUUUAUGUUAACUCCGACACUGGUGAAGUUGGAAGCGUAAGUGGUACUCAAAGUCCAACCGAAGACUUCUCUUAUGCCAAUGAUAUAUUACUUUAUCAAGGCAAGAGUGAAUGGAAAGCUUGCCCAAGUGGUGAAAACAAGUAUUCUUUAGUCACCGGGGUCGACUGUGAUGGCUCUACAGAUAUUUACUUAGUUAUGUCUAAUCAACAAGAAGUUUGA